AUGUUACUUUUGAUCACAGCACUGAGCUUGUUAUCUUUGGUAAACAGUAUAUUCUUCCCAAUUUAUCCGAGGCUGAAACUGCCAUCGAAGUCAAGCAAAGAAGCAGGACACCCAGUAUUUGUGACCCCUUAUCUCAAAAAGGGCCUAAUAUGUGCAGCGCAGAAUCUCACCCGCGUGCAUUUACCAGAUGUACCAGAAGUUGCGAGUCAUGCCGGGUUCUUUACAGUUGACAAAAAAUACAACUCCAAUUUAUAUUUUUGGUAUUUUCAUCCUUUUUCUAGGAACCAAACGGCACCAGUGCUUUUGUGGCUUCAAGGGGGACCGGGAAGUAGCUCUCUAUACGGACUCUUCGUAGAAAUAGGACCCCUAAUGGCCUUUAGAGGGAAAAUUGUUCUAAGAAAGUAUCACUGGGCUCUGCACUACCACUUAAUAUUCAUUGACAGCCCAGUCGGAACUGGAUUCAGCUUCACACAAAAUACUAAAGGUUACUGCACCAACCAGGGUUGCAUCGCCAAGGCCCUGUACUGCGGUUUGAGACAAUUUUUUCAAUUAUUUCCACAUUUAGCACACAACGAUUUUUACAUAACCGGAGAAUCUUACGCGGGGAAGUACAUACCGUCUUUAGGAAUGAUGAUCCACAAAGAAAAUGCUAAAUCAAAAAUUAAAAUUAAUUUAAAAGGUAUGGCGCUGGGGAAUGCUUACUCCGAUCCCUUAAACCAGUUGGAUUAUGGUAAUUUCCUGUAUCAACAUGGAUUGUUGGAUAAUUACCAGUUGGGAGUAUUUGAGAAAAGUCAAAAAGAAAUUUACUCAGCAAUAAAGAGUGAAGCGUGGACGCAAGCGAAUAUAUUGAUGGACCGACUGAUGGACGGGGAAGUGACACAUUUUGCGCUCUUUAAAUUCUACACAGGGUAUAAUUACUAUUAUAAUUUUCUGCAGUCGACAUCGAUAGACGAAAAGACGCCAUUUAUGAAGUUGUUAAAUAAGAAUGAUGUGCGACGGAGUAUACAUGUGGGGGGGAGGUCGUUCCAGGACGGGGAGACAGUUCAGCUGAUGCUGUCGUUGGAUAUGAUGCAGUCGGUCGCGCCGGCGAUCUCCGAGCUACUGUCACAUUACCGCAUGCUCUUCUACAACGGACAGCUGGACAUUAUCGUGGCAUACCCGCUCACAGUCAACUUUAUAAACAAUUUAAACUUCUCCGCUUCCGACGAAUAUAAAAGAGCCACAAGAAUUAUUUGGAAAGUUGGCAAAAACAUAGCUGGGUAUAUAAAGACCGGCGGGAACCUUACCGAGGCGUUAGUGAGGAAUGCUGGUCACAUGGUACCGAAGGAUCAGCCAAAAUGGUCACUGGAUUUGAUUCAAAAAUUUAUCAAAAAUGAUUACAGAUAG